GAAAUUGAUGUAUCCGAAGAGCUGGGCGUAGUUACAUUACGAAAUAUAGUCCCAUGCAGCUGUAUUUCUAAUUUUCUUGACAAGCUGGUGCUGUUUCUUCGAAAGCCUUCAGUUGAGAAAGAACUUGAUAAUGACAGCAGGCCACUUAAAAUCGGCAAGGAUGCAUUAGUUAAAUGGAUAUUAAGCCACAAGCUGCUCAUCGUCAACCGAGGAGUAUAUAGACGGCCAGACUUUCCAAAAUGUGUUUGCUCUCAGCUAAAGUCCGUGGGAACGGUAAACUACCACCACAAUUUAACCUACUUGGACACAGACAGAAACGUUCAUCCAAUGUACCAAAAGCGUGUGUACCGAGAUGCUUUUUAUACGGUGAAACGAGAGCAAUUUAUGGUACGCUUUUCUGUCCAUGCUUAUAUGGAUAGUCUGCGUGAAGACCCCAAAAUGUCUGGAGUGUACGAUGUGUUGUACGCAAACAAAGAAUGCUUCAUAGCGGCAACAAGACUCUCGAGAAAUGCUGCUUGCUUGCUGUGGCGAAAACCACAUGCGAGAGAAAUAAAUCGAAAUCUGUGCAGAGCCGCCUUCAAGAAGUUUUGUACCAAACACGGAUCAUAUACGUUUGUAUUCACCACAGACGCCUGCCUUAAAAAGAGGAAUCUUAAGACAAAAGUAUCUUUGCCUGGAGCCCAAGGUCUGAGCUGAAUAAAGCAUGUUUAC